AUGCGCCAUGGCCGCGGUCCCUAUCGCGUCCCACCAUGCCACCCUUUGGAACGAACAAAACCUUGUCACUGUUCUUACCGAGUCGCUCCACAUCAGAGCCUUUCAUACUUCAAACCCACCCUCUCACGCGCGCCGCUCCACGUCAUCACCCUCAUCAUCGGCGCGCUACUCUCUUCUUCCUCGUUUCCCGCCUCGCACACUCGCGACGUCGCUGCUCCGCGCCUCGCGGUAGCGCAAGGCGGCGAGGCCGCGUCGCUGAAAGCCGCGUUCCUCGUUGAGGCGUGGUCGGAAGCGUACGGGCUGGGCGGAGACUCUGUGCUUCCCCCUUCCGCCGUCUCCCUCCCCGCGGGCGUGCCCGCUGCGCCGCACCUGGAGGACUGCGCGCGAGUGAGCGCGGAGCGGGAGGCGUGGGAGCGGAGAGGCGAGGGGGGAGAGGAGCCCGCUUGGACCCGCGGAGCCCCAAGACAGGCGGAUGCUGCAGCUGGUGGUGGUGGUGCUUCCCCUGGGUGCUCGGGGCAAGCGCAGGGGGAGGAGGUCCCGCAGCCGCCAUGGAUCAGAGGGUCGGAUGAAGCCAAUCUGCCACUGACACGUGUCGUGCAGAGAGACAUCUGGCGAAACCAGUUCCCCCCUGGGGAUUGCACCGACAGGCGCCUCCUCGUGGCCCACUGGGCCAAAUCCACGUCACACGGCGUUGGCUCCCAGAUCCACUACAUGAGCGCGCUGCUCAGUGUGGCCAUGCGCCACAACCGCACGCUCGUCGCUCAACCCGACGGCUUCGACCGCGCUCGCACGCCCUCCUGUGAAGCCAAUGGGAGUGCUUCUUCUUCCCCCCCGCGCUCAUCAGCGUGCCGCCACGUCAUCCAACACGCGCUGAUGCAGAACCUUGAGAACAUCCCCUGGGCCAAGGACGACCCUGCUGACGUGGCAGCACUGGACGAUCCAAUCGUGAUCGUUGGUUACACCAACCCAACGAUGCUUUUCAUGGAAUCUGGAGCAGCAGACCUCUUGGGUGACGCCUACCUGGCCUCGCCCUGCACUGUGCAGCUGAACGGCAAACUCGCAGCUCUUUCUGGACCUCAACGCAAGGUGCAUUGGUGGCGGGCGCAGGCGGUGCGAUUCAUCAUGCGGUGGCCGUCGGCGCAUCUCUGCCAUGUCACCAACCAGGAGAGGCACCGCGCCUUCUCCAUGCUCGCAGCCAAUCUUGUCGCUCGCUUCCUGCACACCCAAUCAGAAACCCUCUCCUCCCUCUCUCACAGCACCCCCCCUGCUGCUGCCGCUUCUGCCGCACCUAUUACUCUCAACGUCCCAGCCAAUGCUACUGACUGGGAGGCAAGGAGGCGAAGAGCGGCAGAUCGGUUGGCGGCUCUGGCAGGCUCCUCCCUCUCCUUCCACUCAGACGCCACUGGCAGUGCCACAGGGGGCGGUGACAAUGACAAUGGCAACGGCUCGGAUGCCAGCUGGUCGCUGGGAGUGCAGGAGCCGUACAUGCCACGGCCUAUAGUGAGUCUGCAUGUAAGGGGUACAGACAAGUUUGCAGAGAUGGGGCUGACCUCCCUCGACUCCCACAUCUUCCAAAUCAACCGCCUCCGCCACCAUGGGCUCGACCUCUCCCACGUCUGGCUCAACACCGAGACCCAGGUGAUUUGCUUUCCAAAUGUCAUCCUGCCCGUGUCCCGUUCCCGUUCCAAGUCUUUCUCAUCCACUUUCAAUCCCUUCCUGCCGCUGUUCCUGCCAGACGUUCUGCGUCCUCCCCCACCAUCUGCCUUUUCUCCUUGCACCACGCAGGCUAACGUGGACCGAGCAGCGGAUCACCUCUCCUGGAGUUUCUUCUACUCGUCGAAUGCGCGGCAGCAGGAAGCUGUGGGAGGGCUGCGUGAGUAUGAGUGGGCGCAGUCAGUGGCCGUGAGCUUGGCAAGCGUGCUGAUUGCUGCUCAGUGCGAUUACUUUGUUGGAAGCCUCGGCUCCAACUGGAGCCGCCUCAUGAACGAGCUCCGCUCCACCAACGGGCGGCUGGGUGCUGGAUUCAUUGCUGAUCAUGUUGAGGAAUGGUGA